UACUCUUCAAUUGCUUCACAUGUGUACCAGCAGGUCGAGGGAAGUUUGGCAAAACUAGUUGAGGUGGAUACGUGCGGUCUGGCUUGCGGUGGAGGUGGAAGAUAGUAGUCGAUGGGUCCACGCUCAGACAUGCUGAAGACGUCGAGCGCGGGGAGCAUGCGGGAUGACGACAGCGACGACGAGAGUCGAGUCGUGGAGGAGGAUCCAACUGGCAGAUACUGUCGAUUCAGCGUCGUUUUGGGAAAAGGAGCCUUCAAGACAGUAUACAAAGCGUUCGACAAGGCGGAGGGCAUCGAGGUGGCUUGGAACCAGGUGCAAGUGCGCGACGUGUUCCAGUCGCACGAGGAGCUCGAACGCCUCUACUCCGAAGUGCACCUGCUCAAGACCCUGCGCCAUAAGAACAUCAUCAAGUUCUACGACUCGUGGGUGGACUCCCGCAACAAGAACGUCAACUUCAUCACCGAGGUCUUCUCGUCCGGCACGCUCAGGCAGUUCCGGCAGCGGCACCGGCAGUGCGACCUGCGCGCGAUCAAGAACUGGUCGCGGCAGGUGCUGCGCGGGCUGUUCUACCUGCACUCGCACGACCCGCCCAUCAUCCACCGCGACCUCAAGUGCGACAACAUCUUCAUCAACGGCAACCAGGGCGAAGUCAAGAUCGGCGAUCUGGGGCUCGCGGCUAUCCUGCACCACAGGGACGCCGCUCACAGUGUGAUAGGCACGCCGGAGUUCAUGGCGCCGGAGCUGUACGAGGAGGAGUACAACGAGCUGGUGGACAUCUACGCGUUCGGCAUGUGCGUGCUGGAGAUGAUCACGCUCGAAUACCCGUACAGCGAGUGCAGCAACGCCGCGCAGGUCUACAAGAAGGUCUCCGAGGGCAAGAAGCCCCAGGCGCUGCAGCGCAUUGCGGACGAGGGCAUGCGCGAGUUCGUGGAGACGUGUCUGGCAGACGCCUCCCGCCGCCUGCCCGCGCGCGACCUGCUGCGCCACCCCUUCCUCGCUGAAGGCUCUGGCCCCCUGCAACAGACGCCCUCCGCCAAUCCCCCCUCCGACCGCGCUUCCCGCCCGCCCGCUUGGGAGGGCGGAGUGGGGAGCAGGUCGGGGAGGGGCGGGGGGAGCAAAGGCGGGAGGGCGGGGUGGGCGGAGAUAGUGGGACUUAUGGCGGAAACUUUGCAGCAGCAGGAGAUGAUGGAAGCGAGGGGGGGAGGUACGAGUGUGGAAGUUAGUGAGAGAGGGGUGAGAGAGGACAAUGUGGAGUUGGAAGGGGAUGGGGGGGGGAAGCAGCAGGAUGGCAGCACUGUGUGCAUCAGGCUGAAGCUCGCAGAUGGCAAAGGGCGCACGCACGUUAUCCAAUUCCCCUUUGACACGGCGCGUGACUCAGCGUUCAGCGUGGCGUGCGAGAUGGUGGAGGCCCUGGGCCUGCCAGACUCCUCUCUCGCCUCUGUUGCUGACGCCAUCGACGCUCAGCUCCUCGCCCUCGUUCCCCCCUCCCAUGCUGCCGCGGCUGCUGCUGCUGCUGCCGCUGCCGCCGCCGCCGCCGCUGCUGCUGCUGCCGCUGCCCUGGUCGUUGCUUCUAGCUCUGGUGGUAUUGCUGGUGGUGCUGCUGCUGCUGAGGGUGCUGCUAGUGGUGCAGCAGAUGUUGAGAUGGAGCGGGAGGAUGGGCGUGCGAUGGUGGAGGGAGACGGAGAAAUGGAGGAGGGUGGGGAAGGGGAGGGGGUGGGCGGAGGGUCGAGGCAACAGGGGGCACAGGUUUCACCGCCACAGUCCUUGGGAAAGGGGGGGGUAGGAGGGGGUGCAGGGGGGAUGGGUGUGGAGAGUGGGGGAUCGGUCCGAGGGAGCUUGCGAGGAGAUGAGCUGUAUCUGGUGGAGGAAGAGGAGGAGGAGAGGGCGGAGAGAGGGGAGAGAGGGGAGACAGGGGAGACAGGGGAAAACGCGGGGUGUGUGUUGGGAAGUGGGAAGGUUGGUGAGGAGGGCGGGAAGGCCGGUGGUGUGAACGGUGGUGGGGAGGAGGUGAGGGAGGAAGCAGUGGAGGGGGGAGGAGCAGAGGGAGGGAGAGGGGAAGGAGGAGAGGAAGAGGGGGAAGAGGCUGGGGCAAGCGCCGUAGGCAAGUCAGAGGUGCAGAGCAGCAGGACUGGGGAGGCCGAUCAAGAGGCGGAGCACCGUGGCGACGAGAUGGAGGAGGAGGAAGGGGGCGGGGUGGAAGAGGAGGUGACAGAGGAGGCGGAGGGGCAGCAGACGGAAGCAGAGGCGCAUGAAGCGCAGCAGGAAGGGGGGUUGGAGAUAGGCGAGGGCCCAGAACCUGGGGUGUUGGCGUCAACAGCGAGCGACGUGUAUCCAGCCAUCAGCGUAGCGACUGAGAGGAGGCGGCCCGUGCGGGUAGGGUCUGCUGGCAGCCCGACCACCACCCCUGUAGGGCGAGGGCGAGGAGGCGGAGGCGGAGGCGGAGGAGGAGGAGCAGCAGGGACGAAUUCGUCCUCGCAUGGUCCUACGAUCAUGGCUCGUCUGGCGUCUAAGAUGUUCCCUCUCAGCCUAGCCAAGCUCGCCUCGUCCAAGCGCAACAGCUACCUCCCGCCCGGCAGCAGCAAGCCGAUCCGUGUCAACAGCAUCACGUUUGGCGUGGGCACGCACGUGGGGCAGCGGCUGGGAGCGGUGCCGAGGGGUGUGUCGCGGUUGCUGGGGAUGGACGGGGCGGUGGAUGUGGACGAACUUCAGGUGCACGGGCGGUUUGUGUCGUUCCGAUCGCCCACAGGGGACAGUAGCAGGAGCUCCAUUGCAUCCUCGUCUCAGUCUGCCGCGUCGCCGGAGCUUAAACCGUCUCCUGCUACUGCUGCUUCUUCCCCAGGGGAGUGGGGUGUGGGGGAGGAGGAGGGCGGCGGCGGGGGGGUUAUCCUCGGCAAUGAUACUGGUGGUGGCAGUGCACGUGGUGGUAGUGAUGCGCUGCCUGCCGUUCACGGUGAGGAUGAUGAGGCGCGGCUGCCUCGAGCGGGGUCCGUGGAUAGCAGACGCGUGGUGGAAGGAGCGGGCCGCAUGGCAGCUGCUGGCGUAAAUCGCACUGCUGCUGCUGCGGCUGCUACUGCUGCUGUUGAUGGUGAUGCGGAUGGCACAGUCACAUCAUGUUACAGUCACAGCGGGGAGCUGGCACCGCUCUCCCUGCCGCCGCUGCCGUCCCUGCCGUCGGUCACUAAGGCCCUAGGCCAGUCGCCCAUGAUGCGGAGCCUUAGCGUGGGCAUGGGCAGUCUCGUGCACGCGGCAGCAGCGGCAGAGCAUGAGGCGAUGCAAGGGGCAGAGGGGCAGGGCGACGGGGGUUUGGGGCCGGAUGGGAGGGUCCUUGGGUGGGACGGUAGGAUGUCCAGGUUUGGUGAAUCGCCGCGCGACAGUGUGGCGAGUGGGACAGAGGAGGGAGGAGAUGGCGAGGCUGGGAGGAAAGGGAUGGGUGGGGUGGGAUGGGGAGGUCUGGAGAAGGGUUGGGAGAGGGGUGUUGGCAGUGGGGGCGAGAUGGAGAGGAGAUGGGCGGUGUUGGCUGAGCAGGAAGCGGGGUUGGUAGCUGAGAUGGAAAGGGAGAUAGCAGCAGUGAGGAAGAGGUAUGAGUCAAGGAUAACGCACGUGCAUGCACAGAUACUGGCACUUAGUGCGAAGGGGGGCGGGGGCGAUGAGGUAGGGGUGGGAAGGGCAGGGAAAGGGGAGGAGCAAGCGAGUGGGUUUGGGGUUGGGGGUAGAGUCAAUGGGAAUGUGGGUGGUGGCAGUGUUGCUGAGAAAGGGACGUCUGGGAAUGCUGGGGUGCAAGGGGGAAAGGGUGGUGGUGUAGGUAAGGAGCAAGGUGGUAGGACAUGCAGGCAUGCGGAAUGCAGGGAAGCGGGAUGCACGGAUGGGGGACAGAGGGAUGGGGAAUGCCAGGACGGGGAAUGCUGUGUAAUUCCACAGUUCAGCCAGCAUGUAGCAGCAGCAGCAGCAGCACAAGGAGGCAGCUGUGAGAGAGGCAGUGGAUGCAGCGGUGGGAAUUGCCCGUCGCCUGUCUCUGCUCCUUCUGUAAACAUCCCCCCUGCCUACUCAUCUCCUGCCGCCGCUCCUGCUGCCGCUCCUGCUGAAGCUCUGGUGAAGGUGCCCUCCAUUAAAGUGACUAUCGCGGCCCCUACUACACCGCCUGCUGUAACUCCUCCUGUGCUUGCAACAGCUACUGCCACUGCUGCUUCGGCCAUUUCGCCCUCGGCUACUGUCGCCUGUGUGCCUCCCACUCCUGAGUCCACGGCCUCACCUGCUCGCCCUGUCUGCCCCCCCGCUCGCUCUGGGAACAGUGCUGCUGCUCCCCCUGCAUCCCGACCUGGCAAGAGGUUCGGGAUGCUGGAGGGAGAGGUUGGGGACGGCAGUGGCAGCAGCAGCAGCAGCAGCAGCAGGAAGCAAGGAGUUGCAGACAGGCCUUCCUCACACUCUGCUGAAAGGGUAGCAGCAAGGCCCCUGGAUGCAGCAACAGCGACAACAGCAGAGGCGGUAGCCAUAGAAGCGGCAAGCAGGGAUUUAGCAGCAGCAGCAGCAGCAGCAGUGCCACGGACAUCAUCAUCAUCAGGGCCGUUGUGUCUAACCGGCUCGCCUCCUGGCAAGCCCAGCAGCAGCAGCAGCAAUGGCGGCGGCAGUAGUCCUUGCAUGGGCUCCAGUGCUUAUGGGGGGGGGGUUGUCGACAGCGGUUACAGGAUGCCCAGCAGCAGCAGCAGCAGCAGCAGCAGCAGCAGCAAGGCAGGAAGAGAAAUGGUGGAGCGGUCCAUUGCCCUUAUGGAAGCCAGCAUUCUAGAACGGCUGCCUUGCAGUAGUGCUAAGCUGGGCGUGGGCUCGCCCACUCUUUCUGCUCCUAGUAUCUGCCACCGCCCGGCUGCUGUGAGGGUUGGUGGUGCCGGCGGCGCUGGUGUAGUUGCCAUGGAGGGAGGUGUGGGUGUGGGUGUGGGGGCUGUGGGUGUGGUAGCAGCCUUGGGCAAAGCAGGCCCGGGUUUAGCCUCAAUACGCCAAUCGGCAAGAGCACAGUCGCCUAGCUAUGCCUGUUCAUGAUUGCUCAAGGCAUCUCCCUUCACAGUUGCAUGGUUGUAUAACAUGUCUUCUACCUGUUCCCGUUGCCUGUACAGUGCUAGUUUUUCAGUUUACUGUAGGUCGGCGUAGUUGAAAAGCAUUUUUACUAUGAGUGCUAGAGCGUAUGGCACUUGAGCUAGAUUGUAGAGUUGUAAGGAGAUUUCAUGUGCAUGUUGCCCAUUGUCUCUUUUGACAACU